AAAUCAGCCGAGGGCGGGGCCUGGGGUAAGUUUUGUUUUCUCCAAGGCCCAGGGCAGCUUUCAGUUUCGAUUUGGGGCUGGCCCCUCCUUCCUCCGCUUGGUUCCGGAGCGCUCCUUUUUCUCCAGAAAGGCAGACCGAGGUGGGGCGCGGCGCGGCGCGCUGCCGGGGGUUGCCGAAGCCCGCGAGCCGAGGGAGACCAGCCAUGGCCCAGGCGGCCCUGGCUGGCUGCGUCACCCGGGAGCUCUGCGCGGCCGGGGGCAGCCUGGAGAUGGGGGAGCUGGCGCGGCGGCUCGCGGGCGGGGUGAGCGAGGACGUCCUGGAGAAGACCCUGCGCAAAGUGGCCCCCCGGCGCUUCGUGCUGGCCACACGGGCGAGCGGCGGCGCAGGGGAAGCCGGAGGGGGCCGGGAGGCGCAGGUGCUGGUGGCCGCCAGCGGCGUGAGGCUGUGCCCGGCGUACUCGACGGCCUGCGACGGGCUCUGCGGGCAGCUGCACCUCUGCAAGUUCUUCCUCUACGGAAAGUGCAAAUUUUCCCAAACCGGGAAACAAUGUAAAUAUAACCACAGCACUGAUUCUUUACACAACAUGACUAUCUUGAAAAGCCAUGGAAUCGAUAACCUAAACUUAAAUGAACUAUGUCAGCUUUUGCUUCAGAAUGAUUCUACACUCUUGCCAGAGAUCUGUGCACACUACAACAAAGGAGAUGGGCAACAUGGUGCUUGUACCUUUAAAAAUAUUUGUUCCAAACUCCACCUUUGCCAGUACUAUAUGCAGGGAAACUGCAGGUUUGGCAGCAGCUGCAAGCGGUCCCAUGACUUUAAUUCCACGUGUCAGGAGAAGUUGAAAAAGUGGGGGUUUAGUGACCCUAUAAUUAAGAGGCUGCCUUCCACUUUCAGAAAUGCUUUUGACAUCAAAAAUGAAAGCUCAGCGCCUGUAAAAGAAGGAAGAUCUAGUAGUGACUCUGUACCUGUCUCCUCUAAUAACAGUAAAGAUGAUGAUCAGAUCUGCCUGUACCACAUUAACAAGGGCUGUAGCUUUAAAGAUAAAUGUUUUAACGUCCAUUUUCAUUUGCCCUAUCGCUGGCAGUUUUUUGACGGGAAUACAUGGAAAGAUUUGGAAGAAAUGGAGAACAUUGAAAAGGAAUAUUGUAACCCCAAGAGUUGGCAGUACUUUGCUAAGAAGCCUACGAGCUUCCUCAUAAACUUUGACAACAUGAGUGGUGGCUGUUACAAGGUUCGACGUCUGUCCACAGCCUCCUCGGUCGUCAAGCCCCCACACUUUGUCUUCACGACCCAGUGGCUUUGGUAUUGGAAAAGUGAUGGUGGUUUGUGGCAAAUAUAUGGCCUAAAGGGCACUGAGCGCCAUGUAGCUGCUGUUAACAGCACUGACAUAGAGAAGGCCUACAUGAGCCAGGAGUCGCCCAUCCUGCAGUUCUCCAUUGGAAAACACAACUAUGAGUUGAAUUUCAAAGCUAUGACUCAGAAAAGCUUGCACUUUGGUACUGUCAGAGUUGUUUGUCGGAGACCAAAAUAUGUCUCUCCUGAGGAUUUGAAGAUGAAGCAGACUUGGGGUGAUAAAUUAGCAGCCCCAAAGAAUGUUCCAUCUCAUUGGGAUAUGUCUGCAUUGCCUGAACUGGGAUUUAAGUUAAUCGCACUUUCUCCUUCCACUGGAGAGUAUCUGAAGGUCCAAGAGCAGUUUUGCCGAACAAUGCCUAAAUAUACCAUUCAUAAAAUCGAGAGAAUCCAGAAUCCAGCACUCUGGGAAGUGUAUCAAUGGCAGAAAGCACAGAUGAAGAAGAGCAAUGGAGGGCAGGAAGUGGACGAGAGGUUUCUGUUUCAUGGCACUGGGCCCAAGUAUAUCGAAGCCAUCUGCCAUCAGAAUUUCGACUGGAGGAUCUGUGGCCUUCAUGGUACUAGCUAUGGCAAAGGGAGCUACUUCGCCCGAGAUGCCGCGUACUCCCACCAUUACUGCAAAUCUUCCGUGAAGCCCCAGCCCAUGUUCUUGGCCCGGGUUUUAGUGGGAGAGUUUACCAGGGGCUCUUCCUCCUAUCUGCGACCUCCCGCUAAAGAAGGUCAAAGCAACACCUUCUACAACAGCUGUGUGAACAGUCUGAGCGACCCCUCCAUCUUUGUGAUCUUCGAGAAGCACCAGAUUUACCCAGAGUACCUCAUUUGGUAUUGAGCCUUCCUGGGGAAAGCGGUGUCUGUGUGACUCCCGUCUGCGACUCAGCUCAUUCCAUGCCCACGCCAAGAUCCAGGGCGGGGACCUUUCUCUGCUUCUUUUGGGUUCUUCUUUCUUAAAAUGGAGAAUGGCCUAUUGCGUUAUUUUUGAAAAAAUCUUAAAAACUGUUUUAAUGUGCUGCUUUGCACAAAUAUCCUCAUUCAGGUACUUUACUGACUUCUUGAUAAAGAAUUUUCUUCCAUAGACUCCUGUAGAUUGUUUACUUCUUACUGUACCAUAACAUCAAUAACAGAGUAACUGAUGAAGCUAUGUGAUAGCUGGUCCAAUUUUUUCCUUUUUAACUGUAUCAAACUUUUACUUGCCUUAGUUAAGCAUUCUGAUGUCUGGGUGCUUUAUUGGUAAAGGUGGAAUUGCACUUCUUUUAAAAAUAUUUUAUUGAGAUCUUGUGUUUUUAUAUUAACUUAAUUUCUGAAUCUGUCCCUCUCCUGCCUUAUAUACUGUGCCUUGUGAGACUAACCAAAAAAGAGCAGCUCAGCAAUGCUAACCUAUGUGUGUCAGCUCAGAUUGCUUGCAAAAAAGGUAGUGCUUUCUUUUAAGGGCUGGGCUCUUUUGGGAGAAAUGUCCUAGUGACCUAACAUUUAGCCUUUUACCAUCUGCUAUUUGCAUUUGCCUUAUUUUUAUGCAUACUCUAUAUGUCAUGGCUGGUAGCGACUGGAAAUGUACCUCCAAACCUUCUUGGUAAGGAAAUGAAAAAAAUACUUUGGUAUUCUAUAUUGAUUUGAGGCAGAAACCCAUAAAUGAUUCUUCCAUUACUGGGGUUAUCAAGUUAGAUUUUUAUGCAAUUAAUUGCUACUUUGUAGUGUAGACUAAUUGUAACCAUUGAUUCCCAGCUUAAACCACUUUCCCAUUUGGUCAAUGGCUUGAAAUGUUAUUCAUGCUAGGAGCAAGAAAUAUUGUUGCGUAAGAGUUUUAUAUGCAAGUGAACUUAUUCGAAUGUACGCCAUGAAUGACUAUGGAAAUAAAAGAAUAUUUUAUCUAUAAAUGGA